AAACCACACCACACCACCAGAGACCAGAGUACCAACCAGGCUGCCCAAAAUGCCGUCCCCGUCUCUCCUCCUCCUCCGCGCCCCUCCUCCAUCGCCGCACCUCAUCUCCCCCUGUCGCCGAUGCCUCGACUCCCCCUCCCUCAGACCAACAACCCGCGCCAGUCGCCCCCACCCUCUGCGCCUGCCCCCCGCGGGGUCCCGCCGCGCCCCACGCGCCACCGCCCGCGUCGUGGAGGCGGGCGACGCCGGGGCCAGCGGCCUCAUCCCUAUCGCGCGCUGCUACGAGGGCCGCCUCGCGCGCCUCGAGCUCGCCGGCGCCGCGCGCCGGGAGCAGGCGGUCGCGGCAGCGGCAGCGGCCGACGGAGGGGCGGCGGCGGAGGCGCACCUCGCCGCCGGCGCCGAGUCCAUGGUCGUCGAGGCGUUCCUCCCCGCGGCCGAUGGGGGCGGGGCAAGCGCGUCGUCCACACGAGUGAUUUUGCAAGCCAAGGAAGUCAAAGGCAAGGCCAGUAAGAUAAAGAGACAAUUUGGGCCUGAGUUUUUCUCUGAUAAUGAAACUGAUUCAGAGACUAUGUUGGCUAUGGCCUUUAAGCAAGUUGUAAUGCAGCGGCUUUCAAACUUUCGGCUCGAGGUCUUCUCCCCAGGUUCAGAGAGAGACUUCCAAGACUUGGGCAGACCACGAAAGGUGUCUAUGGACUUUAGUGUCAUCUCAUCAGAUGAAAAACUUCUGCCUUCUCUUGCCGAAGCCAUUUUCUCCUGUGUCAUCCAGGAUGCCAGCAACAAUCAGCUCAGAGCCACAGGCGGGUUGUUUCAGAAGCAGCAGCUCAACUGCUCAAUUGAUUCCUCCGUUUGUAUACACAAAAUUUCUGAGGCAGAAAUAGUGAGAAGUGCUAAGAGAUGCCUGGAGAGUUUCGAUCUAAUGAAGUCUCCUCAGAAUGUGCACAAAACAAAGAAUGGAUGGUGGCCAGCACCAAAUUAUGAAAGUUUGGUGAAGAUCGGGGGUCCUGAGUUUGUCCUUUGGGCCAAUGAGUACAUUCCUACCUAUAAACUGCAAAUAAAAACCAGAGCAUUUGAGAAUACUAAUCUUGAAGGCCGUUGUGAGUCAGAAAGUAAUAGGUGGGAAGUUCUCUUGACCCGCUCCCAACUGGCGGAACUAGGGAACGUUAUAGACAUGUACUUCGAAGAUCAAUUCACCCUACCAGGCAAAGCUUUCCAUCCUCACUGGAAUUCAGAUCCAUCAAAGAUUAAAAAGAACAAUGGCUAUUUGAACAACAUUUUUAGUUUCAUGGCUGGUAGCUGUAUUAUUCUUUUUGUCGCCAUCUUUGCUCAGUUAUGCUGGCCUCGAUCUCUUGGAGACAAAAGGCUAUUCAAGGGAAUUUCAAAUGUAUCAUCAUCUCAGGGCUAUUGUUCUGAUGUCAACUCUCUUGAUAGCAGUGAGAUACAAGCUUAUUGCACAUCUCUUAUUAAGAAAAUGAAAGACUCAUAUGGCUGCCCUGGUGAUGUAAUGGUUGAUGCACAUAUUGGAGCUUGGGUUGGAGAACUGCCUGAUUGCUUCAAGGGAAUCGAUAGUGAGGAUAAUGCUGCAUCUGACAGUGUUCAGCACUCCGACACUUUUAUCCAAGAAAAUCAAGCCCAAUUGGUGCCAAUUAAUACUAAGAUGUCUGAUUUGGAACAAAAUGACAGAACUCAGGAAACUCUGCAGAAUAUUGCUAGUUUUCAGGUGGUCAUGUCAGAAGAACGUAAAGUAGUGGGAUUUCAGCCAACUAACCGCCCAGCUGUGAACCAUUGGUCAAUAAACCCACUAGCUACACUUCUGUAUCAGGGGCGGAUGCUUUCUCCAGGUAUUCUGGAACCAAAGCUUAAAAUUUCUCGUCCAUCUAAGGCUGUCCCAAUUGAAUUGUUGAUGUCGGUAAAUCAAGAUUCCUUUUUUGCUUUGGCCAGGCCCAUUCAAGACCCAUGACAGCAGAGAGUGAAAGUUUUAGUUGCUCUGGUGAUGCAAUGGUUGAUACAAAUAUCGGAGCUUGGGUUGGAGAGCUGCAUGACUGCUUCAUGGGCAUCAAUAGCAUGGAUAGUGCUGCUUCUGAUGAUGUUCAACAUCUGGAUGGUUAUAUCCUAGAAAAUCAACUGCAGUUUGUGCCCACUAGCUUUCAGAAGGGUUGUUUGGAACAAAAUUAUACAACUCAGGAAACCCUGCAGAAUAUUGCUAGUUUUCAGAAAAAGAAAUUGCACAAAACCCAUCUUAUGGUCGAAUGAAGGUGCUGUUGCCGAUUGCCCCUCCGCCAUGCAUAUUCCGGCUCCUCGGCAAGGUGCUGGAUCGUUCGGCUAUGUUGGCUGGCACUGCAGAUUGAUCAUCCAUCCUCCCCACUGCCGUUCCAAGUCACCAAGCCCAGCAGAAAAUUGGUCUGUUGCCUCGUUGAGAAGCACGCGAGGACACCAUCUCCAUAGCCAAGCUUCGCUCAAAUGUGUUGGGGGUUUAGUGCACCACUGCGAAUUGAAGUGGGGGUUUAGGACACCUCUACCCCCAUGAUGUAGAUGUUCGCAAGGAAGCCAGCGUAGACAGACAGGUAGAAGGCCUGAACGGCGUGCUUAAAGUUCAGUGGUAUUAGGAUAUUCAAACCCAUUUCUACUUAUGAAGCUUAAAGUGUUACUGACAUACUGUAUCUGUCCUCAAGUGUCAAGUACUAAAGUUAUUGUAUUCGAUCAGAAUAGAAUGAGUGUUGAUUUUUUACGGAA